AUGGAGCUACUCGAAUGGCUUGAGAUUUUUGGAGUACUGUUUUUGUCAUUUCAUAUCUGUCUUGCCUUCUACAAUGUUUUCCUCCACCCGCUGCGAAACUACGCCGGCCCCAAGCUCGAUGCAGCAUCACAGCUCUUCUACGUGUACCAUAUGCUAAAAGGCGACAGUUGCAAGUAUAUUGCCAGUCUUCACGAAAAAUACGGCGAGAUUGUCCGAACUGGUCCGAAUGAAGUUUCAUACAUGACUGUGUCCGCAAACAAGACAAUUUUUGGGAAAGCCACUGAAGACAUGGCCUUCGAAAAAAACCCCGCUGUCUAUAUUCAAGGAUCUGGGGCUGCUCAGAACAUAUUGUUCGCGAAUACUCGCGAGCAUCCACGGUUCAAGAAGCUUAUGGCCCCUGCAUUUUCAGAGCAGGCCAUCAAAGAACAAGAGCCGAUGAUCCAGGAGUACACCAGCCUCAUGAUCAAUUCCCUGCGAGAGAACCGCUCAGGAGAGGCCUGCUAUCCUGAUAAAGAUGGAGUUGUGAAUAUGGGGGCAUGGGUGAAUUUCAUCAUCUUUGACAUUCUGAGCUCCUUGUCCUUUGGGAAGCCGGUAGGAUGUCUCCCUGCUGCUGAUUAUCACCCCUGGGCGUAUGUGAUCUUCGGGGCAAUGAAACAUUCUCACUUUGUGCAAUGUGCUCAUAGGCUCAAGCCUUAUCACUCUAUUCUGCAAAGACUCAUCCCAGAUGACAUCAGUGCGCCCUAUGAAACUCAUAUGGAAAACGCUCGAAAAUACCUGAGAGAUAGGGAACAAGAAAAAGACGUUUCCCGAGCGGACUUUGCAUCCUUCAUUUUGAAAGGGAUGACGGAGGAUGAACUCCUGGACAAUAUUAACAUUUUGGCCACUGCAGGGAGUGAGACUACUGCGACUACCAUUUCUUCGGUCCUUUACUACCUAGUUCAUAAUCCGACAAGUUACCAAAAACUAGUGGACGAGAUACGAUCAGCCUAUAUCUCCGAGGAAGAAAUCACAUUCAACUCCGUCAGUGGCCUCGGGUAUCUCAAGGCUGUCAUCCAGGAGACUUUUCGGAUCCAUCCAUCUGUUCCGGUUGGUUUGCAUCGCAUCACGCCCAAGUCAGGCAGCUACAUUGAUGGGAGAUGGGUGCCGGGAGGGACAUGGGUAUCUGUGGCUCUCCUUGCCGCCUAUAGAUCCCCGAGGUAUUGGCGCCGCCCAGAGGAGUUCAUUCCAGAGCGAUGGCUCGGAGACCCCGAAUUCGAAUCAGAUAAUCGCCAAAUCUGGGCACCUUUCUCUAUUGGACCGAGAAAAUGUGUUGGAAUAAAUUUGGCGUACCUGAACAUGCGCCUGAUCAUUGCUCGGCUCCUCUGGAACUUUGAUCUAGAAGCACGCCCGGACAAUGUCGAUCCGCAUGAGAUGAAAGAAUAUGGGGUCUGGCAGGGCCUAGUCCCACUUAACCUGAAGCUCUGUGAUGUACGCGCUGCCAAGUGA